AUGGACUCCCACUCAUAUACUGCACCGUCACGGGUAAAGGCACUGCUGGUCCCAUUGGGGAACGUCUCUGAAGUGGCAUUCAAGAAUUACGUGGAGAAAAUCAAAUCCUCAUAUGAAGUUAGACUUGUUGAUGUUACACCAACUGAAAAUUCAUUAUUUAAUCCACAAGGAUUCCCACAAGGGAGAGUUAUUUAUGAUUUCCAAUUAUCUUUGAAUGAUCAAGAAUCUAUUUUCCUAAAUGAUUUUGAACCUUUUAGGAAAACUUUUGUUGUUAUUGGUAUAACUGAUUCUUCAAAUAUUUCUCAUAAUGAUUUAGAAUUAUUAUCAAAACAUUAUAAGUCUUCAAUAACUCAUUCCAUAAUUGUAUUUGGUGAUGGAGACCAUAAUGACAUGGAACACAAACAAAUAUUUCAUCAAUCAAAUAAGAUCAAUAUUGAAACUAUACUUUGUGAUAUAACUGGAUUAUUUCUUAAUGAUUUAGCUUCAUACCUUUCUUCAUUUCAACAUAUUACACUUAGAUCACCAGGAACAAUUGGUAGUAAUGAUCGUAUAAAAGCCAUAGAACCUUCCAAAAGGAAAAGAAUAAGUUCCGGCUCUUCAUUAUCAAUAUCAAUGUCUGAUUCAAAUAAUCCAAAAUUAUCACUAAGUUCAUCAGCUGAACGUCGUCAAUCAAAAGUUAGAGGUAGACAAUUGAAAAUUUUAGGAAAUUUAUAUUUAUUAGCUGGGAAAUAUAAUAAUGCAUUAAAAGAAUUGAAUGAUGCUGUUCCAUUAUUACGUAUAAGUAAUGAUUAUCUUUGGUUAGGUUCAACUUUAGAAUCUAUUGGUGUCUGUCUUGUUAUGUUAACAUUUUUAGGUGUUCCAUAUCAAAUGCCAUCAUCAUUAAAUCAAAUAUUGCAUACUUCAAUGACUAUUCCAACACCUUCUGCAACUCCAAUUUCAACACCAAGAAAUUCAAUGGUUUUCAAUGGCGGUAGCAGUAGUACCGGUACAGCUACCACUACAACAACAACAACCACAGGGAAUCAAAGUUCUGUAAAUUCAACAGAUAUUUCACGUUAUACAACACCAGAAUUAAUAAAUUUAAUUUCUAUAAAAGUUAUUCAUUAUUAUGAAAUUUCACAAAAUGAUCAUGAAGAUUAUGUACCACAAUUAGUUUUCUGUGAAUCAAUCCUAAGAUUUGUUAAAUUUAUGUGUGUUGUAAAUAUAGGUGGUGGGUUUAAUCAAACAACUAUUGAUCAUAUAGUUCGUGGUAAAAAUAUAAGACCAAAAUAUUCAAAUGUAAUAUUUGAUAAGAUGGAAAUUGUGAAAAUUGCAAAUAAAAUUUUAACUUUCCAAUUGAAAACAAUGGAUAUUCUUUCACAAGCUAAAAUUUAUACUUCAUUAGCUUCAGUAUUUGGUGAUUUAAAUUUAUUAAGGAAAAGAUCAUUUAUAAUAAGAACUUUAUUCAUAAGUUUAAUUCCAGAACUAUCAAAUAAUGAUCAAUAUAAUAAUAAUAAUGGGAAGAAAACUCAUAAUUUAUCAGAAUUAUUAGAUACUAUAUUAUCCAUAUAUGGAAUUGGAAGAUCACCAGAAUCUUUAAUAUUGGAUUCUUAUUCAUCAAGAUGGGUUCAAUUACAUAAAUCAAUUUUACAAUUAUGUAUAAUCAUAUGUUCCAAAAUUCAAGAUUAUAAAAAAAUUGUUCAAUUUAAAUCAUUAUUAAUUACAAGAUAUUCAGAUUCAUUAACAGAUAAUGAACAAUCCAAAAUUUUAAAUGAAAUUCAAAACAUAUGUAAAGAACAAGAUUAUAUUCAAUUUAAUUAUUUUGAUCCUUUGAUACUUCGAGGUUUAGAAGUUUUAAAACCAAUAAAUCCACCAAAAAAGCAAUCCAAUACAAUAGUUAGUGAUCAAACCACAAAAGCUGAUCCAUUUUUAUAUAAUCCUUAUGCUAAACCAUUAGUAACGGAUGAAACUUAUUUUGUUCAGGAUGAAUUUAUGGAAUUUCAAAUAUCUGUACAAAAUCCAUUUGCAUUCCCAUUACAAAUCAAUGAUGUUCAAAUUGAAUCAUUUGAAAUUUUGAAAAAUUUCUUCAUUAUUCAACCAAAAUCUCUUAGUGUGUUGAAUGUAUUAGUUAAACCAAUUAAAUCUGGUGUUUUGAAAAUUUCAGAAAUUGGUUUAAAAAUUUUUGAUUGUCAAUUACAAUUUUUUAAAAUUUCAAGUAAUUUAAAACCAGAAUUUUUCAAUAAAUUAAAGAAAACUUCCAAAGAUUUAAAUGUCUCAAUUUUAGAAAAUUAUGAUGAAAAUAUUUUACAAAAUAAAAUUGAAGAUAAAGUUAUAACUCAAGAAUUGACAUUAAAUGUUAUUAAUUCUCAACCAAAUAUUCAAUUGAUUAAUGAGCCUGAACAUAUAAUGCUUUUAGAAGGUGGUUCACAAACUAUCAAUUUGAAAAUAAAGAAUAAUUCACCUAUUUUGGCAAAUCAUUUAGAAUUUUCAGUUUGGGAUUCAACAAUUGAACCUCUGAAAAAUGUUUUAAAUAAUAAAGGAUUACCAUCAAAUGAAGUUUAUGAAAUUGAAUAUUUCUUGUUUAAGAACCCAUUAACCAUUAAAACCGAAAUUAAGGAAUUACAACCAUUUGAAGAGAAAACAUUAGAAGUUGAAUUGAAUGGUAAAAGAGGUAUGAAUCAAGUUAAUUUAAUCUUGGAUUACGGUCAUAAAUUACAAAAUCAAGCAUUUACAAGAAGAAUGGAAAUUCCAAUUAAAAUUAUGGUUAAUCCAAGUACUGAUUUAGCUGGAUGUGAUAUAUUACCAUUAGUUCAAAAUGUUGAUUCUAAAAGUGGUAAAGUUUGGUCAUAUAUUAAUGAAAAAACAUCACAAACAGACAAAAAUGGAAAAAAUUUAAUCAUUUCAGAUUUUGCUUUAUUUUUAAUUGAUUUAAGAAAUGUUUGGAAUAAAACUUUAAAUUUAGAUAUUAAAUAUGAUGAUUUUGAAAUCAAUGAAUCUAUUGUCCCUAUGGAAACCAAGAGAAUUUUAAUCCCAAUAAAAAGAAUCCAACUAGAUGAUGAUAAUCUUGAUAUAGUACCAAGUUUAUCUAAAAAACAAUAUAUUUUACCUAAAAUAACAAAAGCUGAAGAUCAAUAUAUUAAAGAAGCUUUUUGGUAUCGUAAAGAAAUUUUGAAAAAAUUAAGUGGGAAUUGGAAAAUUGGUGAAAUCACAGGUUCAAUUGAAUUUAGAGGUGUUAGAUUAUCUCAAAGAAUGUUGACAACUUUAAAAACAGAUAAAUUAAAUAUUAAAAUUGAUGUUAAGACUGAAUCACAAGAUCAUCCAGUUCAAACAAAAGGUUUAUAUAAAUUAAUCCCAAUUGAUGAAUUCUUCACUAUAAAUAUCAAAAUUCAUAAUAAUACAUCAAGAUCAAUUAAAGGUGUAUUAAGAAAUAUACCUAUGGCUUCCAACUUUGGAUCUAUUGAUAGAAGGUUGUUAUUCAAUGGGGUAUUACAACAACCUUUAUUAAAUUCUAUUAAACCAGAUGAAACUUUAGAAUUUAAAAUUGGUGCAAUAAUCUUAGAAAAAGGUGAAUAUGAAUGGGGGGUAUUAAUUGAUGAACUUGAUUCUGAAAGAUCACAUAUUGCAAGAGAUCCUUUAAAAAUUAUUAGUGUGUGA